GCAAAUAAUGCUCUCUGUUUUCUACCAGGCCCAGACAAGUGAUUGGCCAAGACCGGUCCCGUGACCAUGAAUUCCCUGCAAUUUCGACAGAGUCCUGGGUUUAAUAGAGAGAGUCCCCAUACGCUUGUAUUUAUCAGCAAUAUACAAUUAUAAAGGCGCAAAAUAAAAUAAAAGAGAGAGAGAAAACGAAAUCUCCCCCUCCCCAAAUCGUUCCAUCACACAAACCUGGGGGGGGCAAAAGGGGGGGGCCCCUUCAGAUCCUCCCUCCUGACGCCCCCCAACAGGCCCCCUCCCCCACCAUUGAAAGCCAUGAAUUUUGAAUUUGAGAGGGAGAUUGGGUUUAUAAACAGCCAGCCAUCGCUCGCCGAGUGUCUGACUUCCUUCCCCGCUGUCUUGGAGACAUUUCAAACUUCAUCAAUCAAGGAGUCGACAUUAAUUCCUCCUCCUCCUUUCGAGCAAACCUUUCCCAGUCUCCAGCCCGGCGCCUCCACCCUUCAGAGACCCGGGAGGCAAAAGCCAGCCGAAGAUGGGCCCGCUCUGCCGUCGCCUCAGCAGCUCCCCGCCAACCCUGUGCCCCCCGAGUUCCCCUGGAUGAGAGAGAAGAAAUCCACCAAAAAACUCAGCCAAUCCGCCACCUCUCCGCCAGCCGCCAGCUCCGACCCGGCCUCCGGGGUCGAGUCGCCUGCAGAUGGCCCGGGACUGGCGGAGGUCGGCGGCGGCGGAGCGCGCAGGCUGCGCACGGCUUACACCAACACGCAGCUGUUGGAGCUGGAGAAGGAAUUCCACUUUAACAAGUACCUGUGCCGGCCGCGCCGCGUGGAGAUCGCGGCCUUGCUGGACCUCACUGAGAGGCAGGUCAAAGUCUGGUUCCAGAACCGCCGCAUGAAACACAAGCGGCAGACUCAGCACCGAGAGCCGCCCGAAGGGGAGCCGGCCUGCCCCGGCUCGGUGGACGAGACCGGCGACCCCGCCGAGGAGCUCGCGCCCAGCCCGGGCCGCCUGUCCGCCUCGCGCGCGCCGCGGAAAGCCUGCGCUCUGGCGCCCGAGGUGGGGCCCGGGCCCGUGGGCAUCUCGGGGCCCCGGCCCGCGGCCGCUCGGGCGGAGGGUGCUGGCGCGUCGAGUCCCGGCUGCGCCCUGCGCGGGGACAGUGGACCAGUGCCCGAGCCCUUGCUGGAAGACGUUUUCCCCGAGCGGCACGAUUCGCCUUUCCUGCCGGACCUCAACUUCUUCGCCGCCGACUCCUGCCUCCAGCUGUCCGGGGGCCUCUCCCCCAGCCUUCGGGGCUCUCUCGACAGCCCGAUUCCCUUUUCCGAGGAAGAGCUGGACUUUUUCACCAGUACCCUCAGUGCCAUCGACCUGCAGUUUCCCUAGCCCGUUUCUGCCUCCCCGCCCUGUAGCCUUCUCCCCCUCCAUCUGCUGGAAAACUCGAGGAUCCCCUUUCCCCCACAGAUUUGUCUAUGAUUUAUAUCUAUGUGCUUUACUAAAUUCAGGUGUUACUGAAUUAACGUUUAGCCCACUUUCUUUCUUCUCUCUGAAAUAGGGGGCACUCGGGCAUAGUUUUAAAACCACACAGAAAAAUUCCGUUUGGUAGAUUCUUUUCAACGAAAUCUCAGGAAUAAUUAAACUCUGGGGAGGGGGGUGUCUGUUUUAAAAAAAAACAAACGAGAGGAACUUAUUUUCCUCUUUGUAUGUGUGUGUGUGUGUGUGUUUUAGACUGUAGAUUAUUUAUUAAAAUUCUUUACUAAUAGGAGAAAGGGGAAAUAUUUAUUGUACAUUAUUUUCAUAGAUUGAAUAAAUGUCUUUAUACUACGAAAA